AACGUGAGUGCAUGAGAGAGUGCUUUAACAGUCAGUCCUGCCAGGAAAGGAGACAGCUCAUCUGGCUCUGUCACCAACAAUAUAAUUAGCUUAGGCUGCCUUGCAACCAUAGCUAUUUAUCUGCACUACACAGUCACUUAUUUGCGCGGUGCCUAGAUUGUGUCACACCGAUACCGAGGGUUUUCUUUCGUUAUAGAGAGACUUGGAUAUGCAUAACUUAAUACCCGAGAAUCAGAGGCGGAUCUGGUUUUGACACUUUUGUGCAUCAGCAGCAAGGAUUUGAAGUGACAGUCCCCUAAGACAAAUAACUACAGGCCUAAUAUUUACGACCUUUCAAAUGCAUGUUACGUCGAAACAUUGGGAACAGCCGUCCGCAUAGCCGCACGCACGAGCCCCUGGUGUGUUUACAAGCUAUGAUAUUUGUGCAUCAGUUGAACCGUGGCACAAAGUUUGUCGCGCGCGCGCUCCGUAAACUGUGCGAGCUUCAGGAAGCACCUGAGGAAUUCGCGGUGCGGGCUGAGGUGGGACGGUUCCGCCUCGCGAGUACACAGGGCGCGCGCUCCUGUCUUCAUAUCACCGACACCUUAAUUAAUUCUCCGGGCUCCACAAGAAAGACAUGCAUUACGCAACGCGCACGAGCAGCGAAAGGAAAUCUCCGGACAUGCACGCAGAUAACCAUCAAAUGACACCAAACACGUGCUGUCAUAUUUAGCUGGUCUGGAUCCAAAAUUAAUUCCGAGCGUAAGCUUUGUCGCGCACCGGAGUGACUUGUUAACAAGCGCAGCUAACAGCCUGUUUGUGUUUGCACCCUGCAGUCGGUUGCUGGGAACGCACGUUGUAAAAUGAGGUUGGGAAGCAUCAUUUUAUUCGUCGCUCUCUGCUCUUUUACCGCUUAUUAUAUUUAUGAGCCCAUUCCCGAGGAGAUAGAGGAGAGAUGGAAACUCAUGCUGACCAACUCUUUCUUCAGAAGUCUCAGCCACCUGGCAGACCUCAGUGAGUUACUGGGGCUGAAGGACUAUAUGGGGGUAAUGUACUUCAUUACUCUGGCUGAAAAGGUAGUGCCUGUGUCAGAUGAGCAUGUCAAGGUGACAGAGGAGAAGUUUGAUGGAGUGGAGGUGGUACUGUACCAGCCAAAGCAGCAGGGCAGUGACACUGAGCUCAGGAGAGCUGUCAUUUACCUACAUGGUGGAGGAUGGUGUCUGGGGAGUUCCAGGAUGAGUCCAUACGAUCUCCUGGCCAGAAAAAUGGUCACUGAGCUAGAUGCAGUGGUUCUUUCUGUUGAGUACCGUCUUGCCCCUGCUCACCACUUCCCUGUCCCAUAUGAGGACGUAUACCGUGUGGUCAAACACUUCCUCCAGAAGGGGGUGCUGGCCCAGUACUCUGUGGACCCAGGACGCAUUGCUGUGUCUGGGGAUAGUGCUGGGGGUAACUUGGCAGCUGCGGUCUCCCAGCAGUUAAAAAAAGAGCCUGGACAACAGGUUCAGUUGAAGGCCCAAGCACUCAUCUACCCCGUGCUGCAGGCUCUGGACCUUAACACUCCUUCCUAUCAGCAGAACAGAGACAUGCCUAUUCUGCCCCGCACCCUCAUGGUGCGUUUCUGGAGUGAGUACUUCACCAGCGACAAAGCCCUUUUCAGAGCCAUGAUGGCCAAUACCCACAACAACCCUGAAUCUUCCAGCCUGCUGAAGUUUGUCAACUGGAGCGCGUUUCUGCCAGAAACAUAUCAUAGAAAAUACAACUACAGUGCUCCUGCUGUGGUGCAGGGAAUUGAAGGGGAGGAAGUUGGGAUUGAUGGACCAUCUCCAUCUUUUGCUGACCCAAGGGCAUCGCCCCUGCUGGUUCCAGACUCGGCCUUACACUCUCUUCCCAAGGCCUACAUUCUGACAUGUGAGUAUGAUGUUCUCCGAGAUGAUGGGAUCAUGUACGUCACACGGCUCCGUGCUGCUGGUGUUGAGGUGACACAUGAACACUAUGAUACAGGAUUUCAUGGAGGGCUGAUGUUCAGCGUGUGGCCAACCGACUUCCUGAUUGCACGUCGCAUGGCAGACAACUAUAUCAAAUGGCUCAUGGACAACUUGUAAAAACUUUUUCCACUCAUUCCACCAGUGUUUGCUUUGGUGCAAUUUUUUCCCAUCUCUUGUUUAACUUUUUGUUGUUAAUUUCUUUUUCUUUGGUCAUACUGUUUUCUGUAAAUAUAUUGAGAAAUAUAUUAACUUCUUCUUUUUUCCACUCAGGCAUUUCACCACAUUAGAUAUCAGGAAGGCCCUAUGGGGUGCUGCUCAUUCUUGUUUACCACCACAGGACCUGCUACAUGAUCUGAUGCAUUGCAUCAGUAUCAAUACUCUUAAGUAUAAGUUAGUAAUGCAUGAUCCCAUUUGGGAUUUUAAGAAUCCAGUAUAGGUCUUGACAAAAUAGGAAAGGAUUUUCACAACAGCCAAAAAUUAUAUUUAGUUUGGCCAAAGUUAACAUUUAUCACUGAGAGCAGCUGAUACUGAAAUCUAAGAUUGUUUUGAUGUGUUUGCAAAACCAUAACUCCUGUGUUCCUGACAUUGCAUCAAAAGUUGGCAAGUGCUAUUCUGUUAUUCUGCUAACACUGUUUUUCACAAGUGAAGAACUAGCCCUCUGUGGGAUAACAAAUACAUGUGACACAUGCUUGCUGGUAUUGUAAAUGAUUUAAAUUGCAGACUGAAUGAUAUCAUCAUCAGCACAACAUCUCUGUGGAUCUUGUCUAAUUUCCACAUACCUUCGGAAGUAUAAAACCAAAAAAAUAUUUCAAGUCUGGUUUGCUUUGUAAUGUCCACAUAUCAGGCAUACCCACAAUGAAAAAUGAUUCACCACAUUCCACACAGAAUAUUGGUAUUUAUAAGUAAAGACCACGCUGUAACAAUGUGCAUACCUACAAAUAUUCUUCACAUCAUACUUAGAAAUUUUUUUUGUGAUUGAGUCUAGCUAAGUGUAGAGAGAGUAGCAAUAUGGCAAAGAGAGGGAUAAUGUCCAAGAGGGAAUUUGGGCAACAUUUUAUUUGGAGCCUUAAUCUUUACAGCACACCACACGCCUCAGCAUCUCAAGAGUUCCCUAUAAUAAGACUUAUCGGGAUGUGUGUGUACUAACCCCUUCUUUGUUCAAGCAUGAUUUUAUUGAAGUGUGAGUAAACUGCUUUGACGUUUGCUAACCCAAAAUCUGCAGUUAUUUGGGAAUAAAAAUAAUGCUCAUUGAAUCAUUAAAUAUGACCAUCUACAUGUUAACAAUAAAUAAGCCAGUAUAGUUCCCAAUAUAGACCUGCCUAUGUGUAAUGCAUUAAUAAGUAAUGACUGUUAGAUGAAGUUGCCACUGCAAGUCCAAGUGCCAGCUUAAUUUAUGAAAUGUGUAACAUGGAAUAGUGUACAGACAAGAGGCUGACAUAAAGACUAUCCAUAUCUCUGGACUGUGUAGGUAUGACUGCACUUUCUCCCUCAGUCAGCUUUUUGUCCCUGAACCUCUGCUCUAAAAGCAUUCAGAGGAAAUGAAGUUGUAUUUAUUUAUCCCUGAGGCCCAACAAUCAUAUGAGGUGGCUUGAAACAAUCCACUUGUCUCCCUUUUAUCUUCUUCAUCUCUGUCUGGUGACAUCACCCUGGGACUUCUCUGCACAUGGGAUGGCUAUCUACUGUCAAAGAUAACAGGGAGGUAACCAAAAAGUAAUCCUAAAUAUAAGUGUAUCUGUUCUUCAGUGUCUCACUGUUCUUUAAGCUUUACUGGUCAAAAAAAGCUACAGUUGUUAUGAAACAUUUGAAGUCUCGGCUUUUAGGAAUACCAUUGUUUGAAUCUCUUUUAAAGUGUUUUUUUCCCCUCAGUUUCUCAUUAAUAUAAAAAAAACUACGCAGUCAUAUAAAAUAUGUAACUUUUUCAACAAGGGACAGCUUUAAAACUGUUUUUUUGUUUUCUUAAGCACUGCUACAUUCUCAGUUGUAAAUAUGACUACUUCUGUUUUUAUUUGGGAUUCCCUCCUGGAGAACUUCUGAUUUGCAAUAAUAAAUUGACUCGACCUUUAA